AUCAGAUUAGGAAAACACUGAGCUACGUGCCUGCGUUGCUGGGUAGAUAAAACAAAAAACAACAGUGUUCGUGUCAGAGUUUGGAGCUAGGACACAACAACAGACGGUAACCUUUGAAAUUCCUUUGUUUGCACGCUGCAAAAUCUAUUUUCUGUUGUAAAACAUGGCAACCGACUGCGAGGCCUGGCUGAACGCAAACCCUGUUGAGGCUGAGGACCUGAGUGACUCCUUUGUGUCUGGAGAUGAAGACAACGGCAGAGCGGUUAUCGCCAACAAGAACAUCAACAAUGAGAUCAAUGGCAACUGGCUGUCCUCGUCUAGCAACAGCAUCCACGAGGCACGUCUCAAGGCGAAGGCCAAGAGGAGGCUGAGAAAGAACUCCUCCAGGGACUCUGGCAGGGGGGACUCCCUCAGCGAUAACGGGGAUGUGGUCAGGGGAACUUCGGCUGCACCCACCAGCCCCAAGAGCAAGCUGCUGGACAGAAAGUCUCGACUGGGCAAAGGCAGAGGCCUGCCAAAGAAAGGUGGAGCUGGAGGUAAAGGUGUGUGGGGCCGAUCUGGUGAAGUUUAUGGACCAGAGGAGGUAGAUGAGAAAGACCCCAACUACGACGAAGCUCAGGAAAACUGUGUGUAUGAGACUGUGGUCCCCCCGCUGGAUGAGAGGGACUUUGAGAAGACUGUCACCCCCAUCGUGCAAGAGUACUUUGAACACGGAGACACAAAUGAAGUAGCGGAGCUGCUCGCGGAGCUGAACCUGGGGCCCAUGCGGUGCGAGGUGCCCUCACUGGCUGUGUCACUGGCCCUGGAGGCCAAAGCCAGCCACCGGGAGCUCACCUCCAGACUGCUGGCUGAUCUGUGCGGACCCGUUCUGUUCUGCGGCGACAUGGAAAAGUCCUUCGAUAAACUCCUUCGAGAGCUCCCCGAUCUGGUCCUGGACACACCCGGAGCCCCGCAGUUGGUGGGCCAGUUCAUCGCACGCGCCGUUAGUGACCAAAUAUUGUCCAAGAGCUACAUCGAGGGCUACAAAGGCAGAGUUGACUGUGAAUACACAAGGGCGGCGUUAGACCGGGCAGCAGUGCUGCUGAAGAUGAGUAAGGGUGGGCUUCGCAUAGACAACCAGUGGGGCACAGGCGGGGGCCAGAGACCUGUCACACAGCUCAUCAAAGAGAUGAACCUGCUGCUGAAGGAAUACAUCCUGUCUGGAGACAGCAAGGAGGCUGAGAGAUGCCUCAGAGAUCUGGAGGUUCCCCAUUUCCACCACGAGUUUGUCUAUGAGGCGAUAGUGAUGGUGUUGGAGUCCAAAGGAGAGAAAACAUUCAAAAUGGUUCAGCAGCUACUCAAGUCACUGUCUGUGUCCUCCAUCAUUACUGUGGACCAAAUGAGAAGGGGCUAUGAAAGAGUUUAUAUGGACAUCGCUGAAAUCAACAUCGAUGUCCCUCGUGCAUACUUCAUCCUGGAGCAGUUUGUUGAUAAAAGCUUCAGUAUGGGAAUCAUUGACGAAAAGUUAAGAGAUCUUUGUCCUUGCCGGGGCCGGAAGAGAUUUGUCAGCGAGGGAGACGGCGGUGUUGUGAAACUUGAAAGCUACUGAGGAGUCCUUUUUAUGUGCCAGAUUUCCUGAAAAGAGGAUAAAGCUACUUUUUUACUUGGAUAUUUUUCAAAAUAGUUGGGUACAAAAUUUCCCCUAACAGUCAAACGAAUGUACAUUUCUGAAAUUGGAGGCGGGGUUAAAGAAAAACAAGACAAAAACAAAACUGCACUUUUGAUUGAAACUGAAGUAGAUCACUUUCUCCAAGGUGUUUCAGUAUAAACAUUUCCAUAAGCUAACCCUCAAAGUGCCACACCUCUCAGUGUCAGUCAUUCCAUGUUGUUUUGUACAGUAUUCUCUUGAUUUCACUGCCACUCCUUUUGUGUUUUCUAGAAAGCAGUGUUUGUACAGAGAUGACUGGUUUGUGUCAAGAGCUUUAUAAAAGGGGAAUAAAAAAAAAUAAAAUAAAGGAGAGCAUGUUUGUGAAAUGCAAUACUUGCUCCCUCACUAGCUGCUGUUUCUAUGCCGUGCUUGACUUUUUUUUUUUUUUUUUUUUCCUUUUUACCCUUUAAAUCACACAAAGAUGUCAUUAUUGAAGGUAACAAGACAUGAGUAUAGUGCAAAAACAAAUACCAGUCAGGAUAACUUCAACAAAUGGUGUUUAGAUUGUUUAUUUUUAUAUGUGGGGAAUACUGGUGUAUAAAAUGUACCACGUAUCGAUCCCUGUUUGUUCAUUAAAUCACUAUUAAAUAA